AUGGCAAGCGAUGCGAUCUGUCAGCGGCGUAGAUCCUCGGCUCCACCGCCGGGCGUGGAUAUUGUGCAGCAUAUCAAUGGCAACUUUGGGCGCUGGCAGCUGCGCACAAUACUCCUAAUCUUUCUGUGCAAGAUACCUACGGCCUGGUUUAUGGCCGUCAUCAUAUACACAGCGCCGUAUCCGCAGCGCGGCGAACUGGUCUGUCGUCCGGGCAACUGGAAUGACAGCGAGCCGCUGCCGAGCGAAAGCCGAAACACGGACCGGCUAUUCAGCGUGCAGGUGUGCAAUGCCUAUGCCCAGAGCUUGUCCCAGAGCUUUGUGCAGCGCUACGGCCAGAGCUGGAAUGGCAAGCAACAGACUACGCUGCCCUGUGAGCGCGUGGAGCACCAUGCUGCGUAUAAGUCGCUGAUCAUUGAAUUCGAUUUGAUUUGUUCGCGCCGCGUGCUUGUCGCGCUCACCCAAUCCUUUCAUGCGCUCGGCGCUCUGCUCGGCGGUCUGCUGGCGCAUCAGGCGCUGCGACACAUAAGUCCUCGUCGCCUGAUGCUGCUGGGCAUGCUGGGUCAGAUCUUUUGUGGCAAUCUCACCGGGCUGGUGGACACCUAUCAGCUGCACAUCUAUUUUCGUUGCCUUACCUCCGUUUGCUGUACGCUCAUGUAUACCGCCGGCCAUGUAAUAUUAAUGGACAUAACGGCGGGCAAGGCACGCAUUUUGGUGGUCACAUUAUCGGAGCUCUUUUGGUCUAUUGGCUUGGUGCUUCUGCCCGCCAUAUCCAUAUACUUUGAUAACUGGAGUCAUCUCUAUGUGGCCAUAUCCUCAUCCCUGAUUGUGCUGGUCUGGCUGCAUCGAUGGAUCUCGGAUGCGCCACGCUGGCUGCUGCGCCAACAGCGUGUGGAGCCGGCGCUACGUUUGCUAUUAGAAUCGGCCACGCAUAACAAUCGCAUGGUGCCCCUGACCCUGGACGUCAAGCUGACCAUCUAUGCCACCGAACUGGCCGCCAAGCAACGCAGCAGCUAUUGCCAGAUUUGGGAUAAGGAGACAAAGCGUCGUCAACUUGUCUACAUACAUCUGAUCUGGGGCUGUGCCCAGGUGUUGUAUAACAUUAUAUUGCUGAUGAUACGCAGCCUGGGCGAGGCGCAGGUGCACGUGAAUACCGCUGCGUUGGGCUUUGCCGAGAUGUUGGGCGUCUUUGUGGGUCUCUAUUUUAUACUCUACACGCGUCGCUAUUGGCGCUGGACGGGCAAUCUGAUGAUCAUAGCAGGCUUUUGCACCUAUCUGGUCUGGCUGCUGCCGGAGAGUGAUCGCAAUGCACGCCGCGUGGGCCUUGAGCUCAUCUUUUGGAUGCUGCUGAAAUUUGCCAACUCCGCUUCAAUCGCUGUGCUAACCACCUGCACAGGUGAAAUGGUAUCGCCGGAGAAGCGCGUGCUGCUCAUGCUCUCCGUGGUUAGCUUCGGACGCUUCUGCCUGGUCUUCUCCCCGCUGUUGAGCACGCUGACCGUGGUGCAUCGCCUGCUGCCCAUCACGAUAAUUGCCACACUCGGCUGGCUGUACGGGCUCGUUAUGCGUUUGCUCAAUCGCUACUAUUGGAAUACGGAGCAGCAGCAGGUAGGUCAGGUGCCCACGCCGAACACCUAUCGCCGCAAUUCGGCUGUCAUCCUGCGACGCUGCAGCACCGCCAGCUCCGAUGUGAGCGGCUACAGCAACGAGCUGCUCAGCAAUUUUGAGCAAACGGUAGCUGUUAGCAUUGCCGAUCUGUGGCAUAUUAAUUUCAGUACGAUCCAUGAAUGUGAUAGCCUAAAGGAGGCCAAUGAUGCGGCACUCAAGUCGCAGAGCAUGCACAGCAUUUGA